GUGAAGCUACGCCCACGCUUGGAGACUUGUAUGUAUAUUCUAUUUUCUCUUUGAAAAUGGAAACUAAUUUUUACCAAAAUCUGUAGCGGAACUCCGUCUCAUUCAGUAAACCAUUCUGAUUUAGGGUUUCUGUUUGGCAGCCGAGAAAAUUUUGUUUUCUGAGAACCAUAAUAUUUAUUUUAGACAUGUAUUUAUGUUUGAUAUGGUAGAGAAGUGUAUGCAAUGAAUCCACGACCACUUCAAGCGCGACCCUACGGAGACUUUGAAGACCGUAAUAAUAAUAAUAGCAAUAAUCAUCAUCAUUCGGCGAACCAAAAUGACGCCGAAGAAGCCGGAUUGUUUGACUCCGAAAGGGAAGUAAAUGAAGAAGAAGCUCAAGUUUGGUCGGUCAACCAUGAGGACACUAAUGGUAGACCUGGUUCUACUGAGUCAACUUGCACCGGUGAACUCACUCUUUCCUUCGAAGGCGAGGUCUAUGUCUUCCCUGCAGUAGCUCCUCAGAAGGUGCAAGCACUGCUUUUAUUGCUGGGGGAGUGUGAUAUUCCUGCUGCUGUUCCCAACUCUGAAGGUUUUCUCCAAGAAAACGUAAAGGUUGUGGGAAAUGCCUCACAUGGGUCAAAGCUUUCACGAAGAAUUGCCUCUCUCAUGAGAUUUCGUGAAAAGCGGAAAGAAAGAUGCUUUGAAAAGAAAAUUAGGUAUAGUUGUCGGAAAGAGGUUGCUGAGAGGAUGAAUUGUAAGAAUGGACAAUUUACAUCAUCGAAGGAUUCUUAUAAUACAGAUGUUGUAAACUCGAAUCGAAGCAAUGGUGCUGCUCCUGAAUCUGUGUGA